CGGCAGCGAGAGGCGGUGAGGAGCAGUGUGUGUUGAUGGCGGUGUGGGAGACACCUGUGUGACAUAUGAACAACCACUCUCAUUUCAAGCCAUGGAAUCAUUACAACUUUAACACCUUUGAAAGUUACCAAGAGAAUGCUUAAGAAUUAAUUUGUGUGUGGCUAACACAGUAAUGUGUUCACUACAUCAUAUUGUGGACGUGGACUGGCAGAACACUAAACUUCAGAAGACACGGCCUUGUGCUACUGCGAGGAAGACUCCGCGAGGGAGAGACGACCGCUGCUGCCUGUGUGCUGGUUUCACACGCGCAUACGUCCUUUUGCCGAACCAUGAGCUUCAUUGGUAAAAGAUGAGUUUCCGGCUGUUGGGUGAGUCUGAGCACAUGAGUGAUUCAGAUGUAAUGGAGGAUGUUUCCGAGCAGCCCCAGUGACUACUACCACUACCUAUGCCUCCUGCUGGAUGUGGAAACCCUAGGAUGGAAGACCCAGCAACUGCUGCUCUGAGGCACUGGAACAACACUCUCUGUUAUCUUGCUUCCUCCAAACAUAGCGACGCAACCAGCUGCUUUGCCACUACCUCCAACCAGACAGGGACCACCACCAGGUAACCAGAUUCCAGGAUGUUUGUGAAUUUCCGUCGGAUACGAAAAUGCCAGUGGUUACAGCUGAUGACCACCUGCCUGCUGCUCUCUGUGGUAAUGGUUUGCUGGGAGGAGCUUGACAACAAUGUGGUCAGCCACGUCAAGUCCUACUCCUACCGCUACCUGGUCAACAGCUUCACGUUCAUCAACAAGAGCCUCACCAUCCCACGCGAGCAGGCCAGAAGCUUCAGCAACUUUCAGUACCUGCUGGACCACCCUGACAAGUGCAUCAACCAGGAUGUCCUCCUGCUCCUCUUUGUCAAAACAUCCCCAGAGAAUAUUGAGCGACGGAACGCCAUCAGAUCCACCUGGGGGAACGAGACCUACAUCCAAAACUCUCUGGGAGUGACGGUGAAGGUGGUGUUUGUCAUGGGCACAAUUCAGACCAAGAAAGAGGAACCAGCUUGGAGCAAGAGGAGUGGCAUUGGCUUCCAGGAGCAGCUCCUCCAGGAGGACCGUGUCCAUCGCGAUUUGAUCCAACAAAACUUUUUAGACUCCUUCCACAACCUGACCCUGAAACUGAUCAUGCAGUUCCACUGGAUGCAUAGCCGCUGCCCACACGCCCGUUUCCUCAUGACCGCCGACGAUGACAUCUUCGUCCACAUGCCCAACCUGGUGAGCUACCUGCAGGACUUGAGCAGCAAAGGUGUCACGGAUUUCUGGGUUGGCCGGGUCCACAGAGGGGCCCCACCCAUCCGCAGUAAGAACAGCAAAUACUAUGUUCCAUUCGAGAUGUACCCAUGGAUGACCUACCCUGACUACACAGCUGGGGCAGGCUAUGUCGUCUCCAGCGAUGUGGCGGACAAAAUCUACCAUGCCACACUAACCCUGAAUGCCUCUAUUUACAUAGAUGAUGUGUUCAUGGGCAUUUGCGCCAAUGCCGUUGGCGUGUCCCCGCAGGAGCACGUCUAUUUCUCAGGGGAGGGCAAGGCGCCCUACCACCAGUGUAUCUAUAACCAGAUGAUGACGUCACACGGUCACGUAGAGGACAUUUAUGAUCUGUGGAGGGUUGCAACUCACCCACAGGUGAAACAGAGGACCUCUGGACUCGGCGGCAGUCUAUACUGCACUGCUGUGAAACUGACUCUGCUCUGUAAACCCUACCAUUUCAACACCUACCCCUGCAAAGCCGCUUUUUUGUAGUAUUCUUAAGUUUUUGUAUGUGUGGCAGAGGAUGAGAGAGAGUGCAUUGCCGUGUAAAUGAUAUUAAAAUGAGAAUCAUUGCUGCAAAUAUUACCUCGGCCCUUUCUGUCAGACAUCCCUUUUAAAGCUCCACGUCACGACAGAAGCUUGAUAUACUUACUGUUAGAGCCAUUGUGCUCUUGGUGUGUGAAUGUUGUUAUACUGACAUUAUGUUGACUGUAGAAUGUGAAAAGGGUUGUAACAAAAAGCUGUUGAUAUGUUCAACCCAUGAAUUUCAACAAUAGGAUUUUAGUUGUCAGGUUACAUUUUCACACAUUAGAACUCGAUUUACUGUGAUUUUAAUUUUAAAUUGACACAUUUUAAAAACUGAUGAAGGUCGAAAAGUGGAAGUAAACACCAUCAAACUGAUGGCAAGUCAACAUGUCAUACUAAAAACGACGAGAGAGGGGCUAUACAAAUGAUUGGAUUUUCUUUCUUUUUUUUAUGAAAUAAAGUCGGCCCUGUGCUGUUAGAUAUA